UCAGCGUCCAGUCAUCUAUAUAAUCCUCCGUCAUCUAUAGAACACUUUGAUACCCCGCCACUCCAAGGACAAGAAUAACAAGAAGAGCAUCAACAACAGAUCAAAAGAAUAACAUACAAUCCUCACAACUCUCAACAACACCCCAAACACCACAACAAUGGCCGUCAUCUCCACAGUCCCCCGCGGCGACGUCACCGCAAACCUCAACUUCUUCACAGCCCCCGCCGACGGCGCAGUCCCCUUCAACCUCGUCGGCGACGGCCACAGCCCCGAGCUCGCCCGCCGCAACUACGGCGACGAUUUCCACGACGUCGUCAUCCACGACGUCCGCGGCCGCGAAUCCGACUUCAACGUCAACCGCGACGCCUUUGAGCUCGUCCAGGGCAUCCCCCCCUCCGCAGAAACGGAGUUUGUCGACGACGACUCCAUCAAGAACAAGUACUACCCAGAGGUCGAGCGCCUGCUGCUGGACAAGAUCCCCGGCGCCGACAAAAUCUACAUCUUUGACCACACCAUCCGCCGCUCGGAUCCCAACGCCAGCCGCGCGCCCGUCCUGCGCGUCCACAUUGACCAGACCGCCGCGUCGACCGAGAAGCGCGUGCGCCGCUACUUCCCCGACGAGGCCGACGAGCUGCUCAAGCGCCGCUACCGCAUCGUCAAUGUCUGGCGAAGCCUCAACAAGGGCCCCAUCGAGGCCUCUCCCCUGGCCCUCGCUGCUUCUGCUACUCUCGACGAAAAGGACGUCACGCCCAUCUCGCACCGCUACGCCGACGGCUACCACGGCGAGACCGCCGCCGUCAACUACAACCCGGACCAGAAGUUUUACUACUUCAGCGGCAUGACGCCCGACGAGCGGCUGCUGAUUGAGUGCUUCGACAGCGAUUCCCUCAAGGCGGGCUCCAAGACUGGGGGACGGACGCCGCACACGGCUUUUGUUGAUCCCAGGACGAGACCUGAUGCCGAGGGCCGGGAGAGCAUUGAGGUGCGAGCUUUGGUUUUCGGUAACUAAAGACAGUUUGGAUUUUGCUGGGAACUUUUUACCUUUGGGAUGCAUCAAUCGGCGCCUAUAUCUGCUUUUAAAUAGGGGGGUGUGCAAGAAUGUAACUCAACUUGCAUGGUAGAGCAUGUUGAAUGUUUUGACUGAUUGUUGGGGUGGUUUUGCUUUAGCUAGCGUUGAAAUAGGCUCGGAUGAGAUUUGUAUAAUGAACAAGAACAAUCAUUUCAAUUUUUUCAAUACACAUCUAUCUGUGUGUCUCCUGUAUUACUUGCCAUGUAAAGAGCAACAUGCUGCCAGCACUGAAGCAGCAGCAGUCCAACCAAAAGUGGUCCAAACCCAAAACACAGCUUGCAGAAAAUCAAAGCAACAGCAUCCUUACUCAAAGUCUCCGCCCCCCCUUUUUGUAGUCAUGCCCAGGCCCUUGUCCCAGCCUGAUCUAAUCAUCACUGUGAUAGCAGCAGCAAUCCAAUGCCUGCGCCAUCUCUCUACUACCGCCAUAAGGAGAUGCCACAAGGAGAGAACAAAAAAGAAAACGAAAAAGACGUAUAGAAUCGAACCACUGGCGUAUAUAAUUAGAAACCGCAGAAGGAAGACAAAAAUAGAAAAGUCCCGAUACCACCUCAUGGUUGAUAUCGAAAGUAGCUAGGAGAAUACCCAACCACCAAGUCCAAGUAAAAGAAACAACAUGGCGCGGUAACUAACAAAGGAG